AUGACACCUGCAGCGACGAAUGUCAACUACAGGAACGACUUUCCUGGCAUGAAUCCGCGGCGCGUGUACAUCGAUCUCACUGGGGACGAGCCAGUGGAAUGCGACCCCUUUGACCUAGACCAUCGAUCAAAGAACCACAACCAGCGCUGCGACAGUCUGGAUCAUCCAUCUUCAUCCGCGACGACAGAACCAACGAACGACUCUGAGCAUCACACGCACUAUACAAACGAUUGGGGUAUCUGUGCAAUAUGCCAAGAGCUUCUCGCCAACAGCGGCACUUGCACCACCGAUGGAAUCACUCUCACCACAUUCCGCACCAAGUGCAAGCACGCCUUUCACACCCAGUGCUUUACACAACACAUUGUCGAAACCGAUGUUCGUGUCACGGCCGCCACUGUCGGACAUUCGUCGAUUCUUACGAAUCGUCGCCAUGUUGUCGUCGUGCGCUGUCCUCUCUGUCGAGAGAUCGAGGUAGAAUUCCUGCGAAGCGAAGUGGGGAGACAGAUCUGGGAUGCUGUAGCGAAAGCGAUGGAGGAUGAGGUGACGGAUCUGUUUGAGCCAGAGACGGAGCGGACUACAGGAACAUGA